ACCACUGUUUCCCCCCUCUGCUCUUUUCUCUGUCUUUCUCUCUCUGCUGCUGCUUUUUCUUCUUUCAUUUUUCCAUUUUUCUGCAAAUGCUUUUGUCGACUCGGAUGUUUGUUGCAAUACUUUUCAUGGGGGGUUUGGACACCGGGAGGAUGCGCUUUUCGGUGGAGCACACUGCACGCAAAGUUGUUUCUCCGACUUGGUUGUUUUAAAGGGGAUAUAGAUGUUUUUCGCGCUGGAAUGAACAAUGGUGCGGCUCUUUGGUGCUCUGGCCGGGGGCAUGCUGUGGUUUCGGCUACUGUUGUUGUGCGUCGUCAAGUUGGAUCAGGGAGCCGGGCUAUCCACUUUCCAGGAUUUCUUUCCUCCUCCACCUGCCAACGGGUCGCUUCUCACACCUGCCCGGAGGACAGAGGGGGUCGUGCGAACCAUUGACCGGAUUUACCACGGGGGAGGGAAGGUGGGCUACCUAGUGUACCUGGAUGGGAGCCGCUUUCAGCUGGACAUGGAGAGGGACGAAGCGCUGCUGUCGCAUCACUUCAGCCCCCAGUAUGUGCUUGCGGUGAUGGGGAAGAGCCCUGCGCCUCUGCACCGGGAGUGCGUCUACCGGGGGACAGUGGACUCCAACCCCGAGUCCCUGGCCGUCUUCAACCUCUGCGGCGGGGGUCUCGAGGGCUUCUUCGCCGUGGAACACGCGCGAUACACGAUCACGCCGAUCAUCAGGGCGAAGGGACACGAGCACGACGUGCGCGCCCUGCAGGACAAGGACGCGGAGAGCGCGCUCCACUUGUUCACGCGUGAGAGCUUCAGCUUCGAGGCCAUGCGCGAGGGGCGCGAGAGCUGCGGGACGCGCGAUGGGCGCAGGGGACGCAGGGAUGCCGCAGGGAAGCGCCGGCGGAGAGGUCGCGGAAGGGGUAAUAAACGGAGGAGGCAGGGGGUCACGCUAACAGAGGAGGAGCACGACGGCGCGCAAGGGAGGGGUUGGUGGAGCCGGUUCGCCAAAGCCACCACUUUGGCGACCGGCAAGCGGCGCAAGAGGUCGGUGUCCCGCGCCAGACACGUGGAGCUGCUUCUGGUGGCGGACGACUCCAUGACCAAAAAGUACGGCAAGGACCUGCACCACUACCUGCUCACGCUGGCCUCUAUUGCCUCCAAGUUGUACGGGCAUGCCAGCAUCGAGAACCCCAUCCGGCUGUCGGUGGUGAAGGUGACCACGAUCACGGAGAAGGAGAAGGGGCUCGAGGUGUCCAAGAACGCGGCGGCCACGCUCAAGAGCUUCUGCAAGUGGCAGAACCAGCAGAACCCGCUGGACGACGACCACCAGCAUCACCACGACGCCGCCAUCCUCUUCACCAGGCAGGACCUCUGUGGCCACCACUCCUGCGACACCCUGGGCAUGGCGGACGUGGGCACCAUCUGCUCUCCGGAGAGAAGCUGUGCCGUCAUCGAGGACGACGGGCUUCACGCCGCGUUCACCGUCGCGCACGAGAUCGGUCACCUGCUGGGUUUGUCCCACGACGACUCCAAGUUCUGCGAGGAGCGCUUCGGCGCCAGCAGCGACAAGAGGCUCAUGUCCUCCAUCCUGACCUCCAUCGACGCCUCCAAACCCUGGAGCCGCUGCACCUCAGCAACCAUCACCGACUUCUUCGACGACGGCAACGCUGAGUGUCUCCUGGACCCUCCUCGCCAACCCCUGCUGGGCCCCGAGGAGCUCCCGGGACAGAGCUAUGACGCCGUCCGUCAGUGUCGCCUGGCCUUCGGCCCGGAGUACACGGUGUGCCCCGGGAUGGAUGUAUGCGCACGGCUGUGGUGUGCCGUCAUUCGCCAGGGACAGAUGGUGUGUUUGACCAAGAAGCUGCCAGCCGUGGAGGGCACACCCUGCGGCAAGGGACGCAUCUGCCUGCAGGGAAAGUGUGUGGACAAGACCCGCAAGAGGCACUACUCGGCGUCCAACCAUGGCAGCUGGAGUUCGUGGGGUCCUUGGGGUUCCUGCUCUCGAUCGUGCGGAGGCGGCGUGCAGUUCGCCCAGCGUCUGUGCAACAAUCCGCCGCCGCGCAACAACGGGCGCUACUGCACGGGCAAGAGAGCCAUCUAUCGGUCGUGCAGCGUCACGCCAUGCCCGCCAUCGAAUAAAACUUUCCGCCAGGAGCAGUGUGAGGUGCGCAACGGUCCCCAGACAGAUCCCAAGGGGGUGAAGACCUUUGUGGAAUGGGUGCCCAAGUUCGCCGGCGUCCUCCCUAAAGAUGUGUGCAAGCUGACGUGCAGGGCCAAAGGAACAGGAUACUAUGUCGUUUUCUCUCAAAGGGUGGUAGACGGGACAGAAUGUCGUCCGUACAGCAGCUCGGUGUGUGUGAAAGGGAAAUGUGUACGAACUGGCUGUGACGGCAUCAUCGGCUCCAAGCUCCAGUUUGACAAGUGUGGGAUAUGUGGAGGUGACAGCACGGGCUGCAUCCGCGUGGUGGGCAACUUCACCAGGAAGAGUAAGGGCUACACAGACGUAGUGAAGAUCCCUGAGGGCUCCACCCACGUCAAGGUUCGCCAGCACAAGGCCAAGGACCAGACGCGCUACACCGCCUACCUCGCCCUCCGAAGGCCCAACGGCGAAUACCUCCUCAACGGCAAGUUCAUGAUCUCCACCUCAGAGACAAUCAUCCCGCUCAAUGGAUCUGUGCUCAACUACAGCGGCUGGAGCCAAAGGGACGAGUGGCUUCACAGCAUGGGCCCCGGGGCCUUACAAGAGGCCCUGGUGGUCCAGAUCCUGGCCACAGAUGCUAAGAAGCCCCUGGAUGUUCGUUAUAGUUUUUUCAUGCCCCGUCGGACGGCGUCGCAGCAGCCGCCGCCGCCUCCUCCGGUCGUCCAGAACCCGAAGUUGGCCCCUUUGCUGAGCAGCACGACAGUCUCAACCACGACGAGAAGCACCACCACCACCAGCAGCACCACUACGUCCACCUCCGCUGCCCCGGUCCUCGUUCCCGUGCCGACCACACCCCCCAGCCCCUCAACCCCAACCCCAGGGCCUCAGUGGGUAACGGGGCCCUGGAUGGCCUGCUCCAGGACUUGUGACACAGGCUGGCAGAGCCGGACGGUGCAGUGUAAGGACCAGGAGGGGAAGCUGUCCAAGGGCUGCACGCUGGGCGCCCGCCCCUCCGCCUUCAAACACUGUCUGGUGAAGAAAUGUUGAGGCGGCCGGACGGACAGACGGACUGAGUGACGGGAUCAAACACGUCGUAGAAAGACAUUAUAAUCUGUAACUCUGCUGGAUGUAGGACCUUGAAUGAGACAGUACAUUUGAGAUGUAGAACUUAAAGUAGGACCAUGAAUGUGGGCAAAAGGGGGGCGGAAAGGACACGCAUGAGACUCAGAGACAGAUCGGCAUGGAUCUGCAUGCAGCCUGAGCCCUCUCACCCCCUCCCUGCCUUGACCCUGUACACCAGAGACAUGUCCUGGGAUUGUAAUAGCUAUACAGAGGACAUAAAGUAUGGAGGACACUUUCCAUAUGAUGUGCAAAUAGGUGUGACAGUUGCCAGGACCUGGCAUAGCUAACAACUUAAGUCGCAUGUCAUUUCCACAUGGACAGUUAAUUGUCUGUGCCGUUGACUCCCAUUCCUGGACGCUUAGUGUGUAUUGCCCUUUAAUGGUGUGUGUGUGUGUCAUGUUGUUUUUUUAUGCUAUUCCAUAUGUUCUUAUCACUGUGGGGUUUUGGAAAUCACACCCCGUGUUGUCCUUUGUCCUGUUUGUGUCCCAGACAACAGCCCCAACCAUGGGAAGCACUCAUUAUACACGCUCUCAUUUGUGUUGAAUCACGUCCCCCAUCUCAACCCCACACGCCCCCCCACCCCACCCCUGCCCUAUCUUAUUUGACUGGUCUGCCCAGCUUCCUGUCUGGGCUGGAAACCAGGAAGCAAGACAAGCAGCGGGAAUAAGGCUGAACAUAAACUAGUUCCCAUUACGUUACCAAAACAAAACAACAAACAAAACAAAAAAAAAAAAAAAAAGAAAAAACACAAGGACACAGGACCAAUUAAGUCCCAAAUGUUUACUUGCCAACCAAGGAUACCUCAGAUGGUGACUUGGCUGACGAGAACAAACGGGAAGCGCGAGCGUUCGUUGUGAGAGCAUCAGACGCUCGCGAUGGUUUAUGGUACACAGAGUCAGCUGGGGAUCAGCCAGUCCAUCUCACACUCUAGUGCAACUUGGGAAGUGCGUUUUCCCAUGAGGACGCAAGAAUCAAAUGAGCGUUCUUGAAGCUGAUAAUGGCCUUUGAAUUAGAAGCGGCAGUAAAGUGAAAAGACGGAGUACCGUGGCCUUCCCGAGGACAAACCUUGCAACUGUAAGAUUUACAAAGUGGCAAGGUGACAGUGACACUCUAACCUUUACAGAGGUUAAUGAAAUGUAAACAGGUUUGGGGCAAUGCUUGACAUUGGAUGUGUGUGUGUGUGUGUGUGUGUGCGUGUGAUUGAUGUGCCCACGCCUGUGUUUAUAGCACGUAUGUCACAUAAACAUAUGUGAAAGACUUUUUGUCCUUUGCUGCAUCUUCGCCUUUUUAUUUUUUCUGGAUCUCCACCCUCAGUUCCAUAUGUAUCAGUCACUGUGCUGGUGCUGGGAGGUUUAUGUCGCCCUGUGUUUCCUGUGUCUGUCCACGUCGAGAUCGUCUGUCUGUCUGUCUGUCUGUCUGUCAACUGUUUAGGAAACAAACAAUGCUAGUAUGACAAUGUGUGCCCUGGAUACUCGCAACGACAGCAAGAGGGAAACUAGCCCAAGUCAUAAAUGUCCUAAUGCAAUUCACACCACCUUUCUCUCUCUCUCUAUCUCUCUCUCUGUGUCUCUCUCUCUCUCAGGACCCCCUCAUCGCUCGUCUUGCCUCAUUUCAUUAGGAUGACACUACCAGACCUUGCACACGUAGUACUUUCCAAUAAUUCUUAGCAUUUCUGCAGCUGUUUUAACCUGCCUCCCUGCCAGAUGGGCGGCGUUUACCACAUCAACAAUUCAGAUUAUGCCAGCAAAUGGCCCGUAUCAGAAAAGUAUACUAAAUGGACUUUCAAAUACCUUCCUGUGAUUGUCUAAACUCUCCACAUUUUCCUGUGCGGCAAGCUCCACCCAUCUGGCACCUAUGUAGGAUGAAAGAAAGCAUGCGAAAUAUUUGCAAGUACUUUUUGAUUGGGAUCUACACACCGUGCUCAAAAUGUUCUCCUCCCUCGCCCGCUCAGAUUUACACAAAGAAAAGAAAGUGUAAACAUAUUUUUUUAUACAAUUAAUAGAUCUCUCAUGUAUGUGUUAGUAUUCAAGCGUAUUUACACAGAAAACACAUGCUAACACAUUUACACAGACACACUCCAUUUAAACACCUCUUGUACACAGUAUUUGCAUAACAAACACAUAUGCAUGUUUGCAUACUCAUACAAGCUAUACAUUUUUGGAAAAAGAGAUACACACAUUUUUGAAAAUGCGCACUCUCAUUUAGACACAUAUUUGCACCAUACACACACACACUUAAAACACACACAUGUACACCCUACUCGGACUCUUUCCGGUGGGAAAAGACCCUUUCGCUGAAUGACAGAAACACAGCACUGAACUUGUAAUUUAUUGUUUGUACAACUGGUAUGUGUGAAUUAAAAAAACAAAAACAAAACGUGAUGAGUUUUAUUUAUUAUGGUAAUUUUGUAUCAAAUUACUAUUUAACUUAGGAAUAUGACUGUGCAGAAUCAUUCCUUUGUAAGAAAAUAGUGUUUUUUUUUUC